CAUCGAAGCUAUAAUCACCUCGGUAAAGGCUGAUUGAUAUAUGUUUCCUCGGUGAAGAAUAAGUUCUCAUAUCAGUAUUGUUCAAUUCUCAUUCAUCAGGCGAUCGAUCCUUCACUCGCGCCGUGAAAGAACGAAAUUUCAAAUAUGAGUGCCUUGCGUCUUGGUCUGAACUGUGGUCACCGAGCUGCCAGAUCAUGUUGCUUUCUAGCUGCCCCGCGCAUCUCUCAAAUUAGUCGAAGGCUAUUUUCAGCUCAACCAGGUCUCCGGAUCGCAUCUCCCACAUCCAAGCAGACACGUGUUCCACAGGAUGUAAAAUCCUCUUCCAGCCCUGAGAUUACAUCUCAUGACAUUCAGGCCAUAAAGAUCAACGGUGUAUCUUAUCCUCUAUUGUUCCUCCGCGAUUCUUGUACCUGCCAUAGAUGCGUUGAUCCUUCCACAAAGCAAAAGAACUUUCAAACUUCUGAUAUUCCGUCUAAUAUCAAAGCUACCGCUACCACAACGGGCGAAGACGGGGAUUUAACAAUUUCUUGGGAAGACGAUAUUCCAGGCUACGGACCAGAUCAUGUUUCGUCGUUCUCUAAGAAGUUCUUUGAUACCCAUUCUUCACUCAAGGCUUAUCAUUCCGAUCGUCACAAUGAUGUAAAACCAAUCAGAUGGGAUUCGAAAACCAUUGCUCAGAAGUUGCAAUAUGUAACUUUUGAUGACUACAUAAACAGUGAAGAAGGUUUAUUCAGAGCUUUGAUCAUGCUUCGGGAUUAUGGGCUACUCAUACUUAGAGAUGUACCAGAGUCAGAAACUUCAGUUGUUGAUAUUGCAAAGCGCAUUGGCAAUCUUCGGGACACUUUCUACGGAGUUACCUGGGAUGUCAAGUCUGUUCCUCAACCUAAAAAUGUAGCAUAUACUUCUCAAUAUCUGGGUUUACACAUGGAUCUUCUCUAUAUGGCUAACCCCCCGGGAUUUCAAUUUCUUCACUGUCUACGGAAUACCUGCUCAGGCGGCUCAUCCAUCUUUUCUGAUGCUUUCCACGCUGCCAGACAACUCGAUAAAGAUAAUUACAUUCAAUUGAGUACUAAGAAGGUUGGCUACCAUUAUCGCAAUGCUGGGGAGCAUUAUCACUAUAAACAUCCUGUAAUAUCGAAACACUCAGAGGAGGGUGGGAACGCUUCAUCCCCCAAUGACAACAACAUUCAAUACAUCAAUUAUUCGCCGCCAUUUCAAGCGACAUUUGACGAGCCAUUUGGCUCCCUACCAAUAGCUAAAGCGUUGAGGCAAUUUGCAUCCAGAGUAGAGGCACCUGAAAACAUGUAUGAAUACAGACUACAAGAGGGGGAGUGUGUUAUUUUCAACAACCGGAGGGUACUUCAUGGCAGAAAAGAAUUCGAUACAUCAGUUGGGGAGAGAUGGUUUAAAGGGGCUUAUAUCGACACCGACGUCUUCAGGAGUCGUUAUCGAGUUUUAGCCGAAAAGUACAAGAAUAAGGAUCAGGCGUUUCUACGUACUCAUGCUAGGCACAUUUGCUGGGAUAUCAAGAACCCCGAGACUGGCAGAAUGGAAAGCGAUCCACAUAAAGUUUGGAAGAGAAGUAGAGAUCUUCCACAAACUGAGGCGUAUGCAAAUAUUAUCUAGGGACAAUCGAAACUUCUCGAGAAGCCCACAAAAUUCUGCAGUGCAGUAACUCAAUGAAGAGUAUUCGCCGUUCGAGUUAUAUGUUCAUGUUACAUAUUUGUUCUGAAAGAAAUUUGGAAUGUGGAGUUCAUUUGGGACUCUAAAAAUUACCCAGACAUUCCGGGUUUCCAAUGUUAAAUAUUAUCCAGAUUUGGAAUGCGGUUCGGACUACUGAAACCCCUGAUUGGGGUUUGAAAAUAUUAGUCUUCCGAGUUGUAUGUCGCAUUUCUGCAUUCGCAUUCUGUCGAGUCUUUGGUAUACCCCUGAAACUAAAAGCUGUCCUUUGGCCAUGCACACUUCUAAAGCGUUGCGAAUUCAUAUUUUACUGCAUUAUGACAUGGAUAUUUUUACCAACCUAUUUCCAGCAAAAUACACUGCAUUGUUGGUGAAGCAUUGCAAUUUGUUGAUUUUAUGAGUUUUGUAUAUGUAGUGUCUCCUUGUGUCCAAGUUCACUGUAUCGCCUCAUUUUGAUACCUUACCUUCCUUCAACAUGCCGCUUUUUUUACUAUAAAAACCCACCCGCAUCUUUCCACCGUUCUGCCUGAUUUACUACGUUACCUCUUUGCAAUGUUCUACGGUGUUUGUUGAAAUGCAAUUUGCAUCUUGCUUUGUAUUACCAUGUUGCAAAUUUGGCUUUCAUAAUUUGAGGAUUGUAAGAUCAUGUUUUGAUGCUAGACAAUCUGUUGGUUGAAUCGUUGGUUUUUGUGGGAUGCUUCAUCUCUAUUAUUACAGGAAACUUCCGGUUAACUGUCACCAACUCGCUUACAGCUAGGAGAGUGAAUAGCUUUGGAGUUCUGCUGGACGGUGUACCUCAAGAGUAAUAUCAAUUAGAAUGCUGGGCCCAACAGCCGAAAUAAGGGUGUGUUUGGAUCGAUUUAUUUUAAAUUAUUAGGCCUUAUUAGACCUCAUUUAUUUACUAAAUAAUAGAUUUAUCGAAUGCUUAAGAUU